CGGCGACGGACGCGGCACACUUGGCCAUGGUCAACCUCGGAGAGCAGCGGGGCGAGGACAAGGAGGGGGCGGCCGGCUUGCAGGGCUGCUGGAGUUCACCGCUGCUGAAGGGCACGUUGCGCUGCCCCGUUGGCUGCUACAGGCGGUUGGCGCCCAGGAGGGCGUGCCGCUCAUGUUGUCCAGCGUCGACGUGCCCCGUGCCUCGUUGGUGCGGCUGCGGCCGGCGCGCACGCGCUUCUACGAGGAGGCUGAAGACCAGCAGAGCUUGCUGCAGGCGGGGCUGCACGGUGUGUACACAGUGCUGUGCUGCGGCGAGACGAUUCGAAUCGCGAAUUGCGGCGAAGAGUUCGAGCUGUUGGUGAGCGAGGUUUGCACGGGCAUCCCGCCGACGCCGGUCGAGGCCGUUUGCAUCGUUGACGUGGAGGCGCUGGAGGUGGACAUGGGCGAGAGCCUCGAGGGCGAGGAGGAGCGCAUCGCUCAAGAGAGGAGAGCUGAAGAGACAGCGCGGGCAGCGCAGGCGGCGGCGCAGGCGGCGGCGGCGCAGGCGGCGGCGCAGGCGGCGGCAGCGGAGGCAGAGGCGGCACGCGCGGCGGCGGCGGCGGCGGCGCAUCAGGCAGAGCUCGCUGCGUGGCUUCCGGCGGAGCCGCAAGCGGCCGCCCGCGGCACCGUUCGCGUGUUGGUGCGGCUGCCCACCACGCGGAUCUCGCGUCGCUUCGGGAGCGGCGCCACGCUGCAGCAGGUGAGGACUUGGGUGGAGUCGGCGCUGCCCGAAACGCUGCACGGCGCGCUGGGCGACCGCUUCGAGCUGGUGAGCACGCACCCGCGCUACGUGUCGCGCGCCGGCGAGGGGGGCGAGACGACGCUUGAAAUGGCGGGGCUCGACGGAGAGCAGGCCAUGCUCAACCUGCGCUUGCUCGAGUAGCGGGCGGCUGCAGUGCUACAGGUUACAGGUUGGACGAGAGACUUGGGGUAGAUUUUCUUUUAUUAAAAAACUUCAGAAAAG